AAAUGGCGGAUGAUGUUGUUAGCAGUGAGGGAAACACAGCUGUCGGCUCCACCAUCAGCGCUAUGGAUUACCUACAGGACGAGAAGUCAGACGCUGACCUCGUGCCCCCGCUGAACCUGGGUGAUCUGGACCUGGCCUCGGACGAGUUGAUCCUGGACGAGGUGGACCUCCACAUUCAGGCCAACCUGGAGGACGAGCUGGUGCAGGAAGCUCUCCGCACGGGCGUGGAUCUGCGUCAGUACUCCAAGCAGGUGGAGACGGAGCUACAGCGUAUCGAACAGGCGUCAAUCAAAGACUACAUUAAGGAGAGCCAGAACAUCGCCUCACUACACAACCAAAUCACCGCCUGUGACUCCAUCCUGGAGAGAAUGGAGGGCAUGCUGAGCAGUUUCCAGGCCGACCUGUCGUCCAUCAGCAGUGAGAUCGAGACGCUGCAGCAGCAGUCGGUCAGUAUGAGCGUCAGGCUGAAGAACAGACAGGCCGUACGCAGUCACCUGAGCCAGCUGGUGGAUGAGCUGCUCGUACCCGCCAUCAUGAUUAAUGUGAUCCUGGAGAGCCCCGUAACGGAGCAGCAGUUCCUCGAGCAGCUCCACGAGCUCAACACUAAGAUCAACUUCGCUAAGGAGCUGAGCUUCAGAGAGACGCUGGCCUGCGCAGACAUCCAGGACAUCGUCGAUCGCCUCAAGAUCAAGGCGGUCAGUAAGAUCCGUGAGUUCAUCCUGCAGAAAAUCUACUCCUUCAGGAAGCCGAUGACCAACUACCAAAUUCCUCAGAACACACUCCUCAAGCACAGGUUCUUCUACCAGUUCCUGUUGGCGAACGAGAGGACGGUAGCGAAGGAAAUCCGGGACGAGUACGUGGACACCAUGAGUAAGAUCUACUACAGCUACUUCAAGUCCUACAGCAGCCGACUGCUCAAAGUGCAGUAUGAAGACGUAGCGGAUAAAGACGAUCUGAUGGGCGUGGAGGACACGGCCAAGAAAGGUUUUUUCUCCAAACCGUCCCUGAAGAGCAGGAACACCAUCUUCACUCUGGGCCAGAGGGGGGCAGUGCUGAGUCCGGCCGAGCUGGAGGGGCCCAUCCUGAUCCCACACGCCGUCCAGCGCGCGGACACCAGGUACCCGUAUGAGACACUGUUCCGCAGUCAGCACUACGCUCUCUUGGAUAACGGCUGCCGCGAGUUCCUCUUCCUGUCGGAUUUCUUUAUGGUGACCGGAAACUCGGCUUUGGAUCUGUUCAACAACGUCAUGGGCAAAACACUCAGCAUGUUCCUGAAGAACAUCUCUACGUACGUGUCAGACUGCUACGACAGCAUCGCUGUGUUCCUCUGCAUCCACAUCAUCCUCCGCUUCAAGAACAUCACAGCCAAGAGAAACAUCCCCGCCCUCGACAAGUACUGGGAGGCCGUAUUGGAGAUGUUAUGGCCGAGGUUCAAGCUCAUCCUGGAGAUGAACAUCCAGAGCAUCCGGGAUACAGAUCCUCAAAAACUUGGAGUGUUGGACACCAGACCCCACUAUAUUACCCGGCGCUAUGCUGAGUUCUCCUCUGCCAUAGUGAGCAUAAACCAGACGUUCCCUAAUGAGAGAACCAACGCCCUGCUGGGACAGCUACAGAUCGAGGUGGAGAACUUUGUAUUAAAGAUGGCGGCUGAAUUUCCCUCCAGACGAGAUCAGCUCAUCUUCCUCAUCAACAACUACGACAUGAUGCUGGGGGUUCUUAUGGAGAGAGCGGCAGACGACAGUAAGGAGGUGGAGGGAUUUCAGCAGCUCCUCCUGGCCAGGACGCAGGAGUUCAUUGAGGAGAUCCUGGCACCACCGUUUGGUGGGAUGAUCACGUUUGUGAAGGAGAGCGAGGCGCUGAUAGAGAAAGGGCAGCUGGACAAGCUGAAGAACGAUGAAGCUCGUAUCACACAGCUGGUGCGUGGUUUUUCCAGCACGUGGAAGCAGUCAGUGGAGGCUCUAAGCCAGGACGUCAUGCGCUCCUUCACCAACUUUAAAAACGGCACCAGCAUCAUCCAGGGGGCGCUGACGCAGCUCAUCCAGUACUACCACAGCUUCCAUAAGAUCCUGUCCCAGCCCACGUUCCGCAGCCUGGCCGUGCGCUCGGAGCUCAUCAACCUGCACCACCUCAUGGUGGAAGUGAAGAAACACAAACCAAACUUUUAAACACACACACACACACACACUCUGUUGUGGAGAAUGUAAAUAAGAUAUUCUACAGGAUAUGACCGGUUAUUGAUGCGUUACAUUAACAGUAGAGGGACCACAUUGUUAAUAUUUAAUUUAUCCUUGUCUGUGAUGUGCUGAACUGCUCUGUCGUCAUCAUCGUGAUUAAUGCCUGAUUGGUUUGACUAAAUAUUUUAGUUUUGAUUCAAUAAAAAACAAUCAUGACUGAGGGACUAAACCUCUUCAGUCUCACUGAAGUCUUCAGUCUACACAUGUCGGCUUUAAGGAAGUUUAACAUCAGCUUUAAUUCUACACAUCAAGAAGUGCAUUUCUUUUUUAAAGUAUUUUUUAACUGGAAAUCUAAACAAGUUACAUUCUCCUAAAAACUUUUUUUCUACUCCUCUCCCCACCCCAGAGGAAAAACAACAGCCAGUCAGCAGGAAAAGACAUGAAAUAAAUUACACAUCAAAUAAAAGAAUAAAGAAAAAAAGGAAGUUAGAAAGAUCCACAU